CAACUAGCAACUGUUUGUUAUUUAACUACAAAAGUAUUAGUAAUUUGAGCUCAUUUAAAAAGAGUCAAUAAAAACAAAAGCCACUCAUUGGUGGACAUUACCAAAGAGUCAAUUUACAAUUUCUCCUUAGCAACAGAAGCAUGGCAAGCUAUGUAGAAAGGUUUUAAGGAUUUAAAUGUGUUUAAAAUUAAGUUUAACGGAUAUAUGGAGAAUUAUAAGUUAAAGCAAAGAUUGGGCAAAGGAGCUCAAGGUUCUGUAUAUUUGGUGGAAAAUAAAUUAGAUGGGAAGGAAUACGUUUUAAAAAAGGUUGAAUGUAAUGAUGAAUUUGAGGCAAACAAAGCAUUCAAAGAGGCAAUGGCUUUGCAAGAUUUACAACAUCCUUACAUUUGUGGCUACAAAGAAUUCUUUGUAACUUGGGAUAAACAAGAAUCUGCAAUGUGUGUGUGUAUUGUUAUGGAAUAUUAUAAGUUAGGUGACUUGGAAAAAGUUUUAAGGCAGAAAAGAUCUAAACAGGAAAAUAUUGAAGAAAUGGUUCUAAAAAAAUGGUUGGGUCAAAUUGUUGAAGCUCUUGCUUUUGUUCAUAGACAUAAAGUCAUACACAGAGAUCUUAAACCAAGUAAUAUAUUUGUGACAGAAGGUUUGAAUAUCACAAUAGGCGAUUUUGGUGUUGCUACGAUCAUGGAUGACGCUAGAACAAGAACUAGAACUACUGUAGGUACAAUGAAUUGGAUGGCACCAGAAGUUUUGGAAAGGCCAUAUGAUGAGAGAAGCGAUGUUUGGUCUUUGGGAUGUAUUUUGUUGGAACUGGCAACUACGGGUUUCCUUGAUAGUGCCCAAGCUUCCAGUACUUUAUUUCAAAUCAAGCAGUCGCCUCAUGUCUUAGAGGAUGUAUUGGAAAAAGUAGGCAAGCACUACACAAAUGGCAAAGAACUUUGUCAGAUAAUACAGAUUAUGUUACGGCGGAAUUUUCAACAAAGACCGACGGCUUUAGAACUUUGCGAUUUGCCUUACAUAAAAGAAAGUAUGAAACUUAGUGGAAAAACAACAAUUAAUAACCAAGGCGACACAAGCAAAGCUAAACCAGUUCCUAAAGACAAAGGGAUAUCAGGAGUUCUUGGUUACAUGAAAGAUAACAAGACCUCGCCUACUUCCAUAGUUGAAGCACUCAGUUAUCUUGCAUCAUUCACUGCCAAGGGAGACAUCUCUCUGAAUGAGUCAGCAAAGAAACAAAUUUGUCAAACAAUGAAAGAUAACCUUUGUGUGUUGGAGAUUCAAAUUCAAUCUUGUCAAAUAGUAAUAAAUGUUUUACCAACAGUUGGUGACAAAGACGUCUUGUAUUCAUCAACGAUGAUUCUUCCAGUUCUUCUUGCAAUGAGAUCCCAUGGAGGAUCAGCAGAGCUACAGAGAAUUGGAUGUCAAUUGUUAAUGGCUUUGUCUGCUGAUGAGUCUGCGGCUGAUUUAAUAGGAAGAUCAGGUGGUGUUCAAGAUGUGUUGGCUGCUCUACGGUUGUUUCCUAAUGAUGCUGAACUAGCAACCAGUGGUUGUGGUGCUGUGUGGAGUCUCGCUGUUAAUGAGAGUAAUUGUAAAAUCGUGACCGAGGAACGUGGUCUACAAGAUAUAUGCACAGCAAUGAUGUCACAUGAAGCAUGCGUUGAUCUUAUUGAGUCUGCUUGUUCAGCACUUUGGUCUCUGUCUAUGGAAGAUGAUAACAUUGAAAUGAUGCAGGAUAAUAAUACAGUCAAUUUAUUGGUGGAAGCUGUUAAAACACAUAUUAAGGUUGCCAAAGUUGUGAAGAAUGCGUGUAUGGCUUUAGCUAGCAUUGUCGAGGCUGAUGAGUCUUGUGCAUUCCAAGUUCUGAACAGUGGCGGGGAUUAUGGUGGAGCUCCAAUCAUCGUACAAGCAGCUAAAAUCCAUAAAGAUAAUGAAGAAGUUAUGGAGAAUAUUUGUGCAUUGUUUUGUGAACUGUCUGAAUAUGAUGAGAUAUGUACAGAGCUGAAUUCCCUCAAUGUAAAAACGAUUUUGGCGGACGCGAAGAAAAAGUUUUCCAGAAACGAUGAUUUAAUGACGUCAGUAUUAAACACUCUAACGAGGCUUGGUGGAGGUCAACACGCAGGGAAGAGAGUCAGUUCAGCAAGAUCACGUCCUAGGACACCGUUGAAAAAGUAGUAAAUCAUGUUGAACUGUUUUGGGAAAUUCCCUUAUUGGCGUCAAAAUAAAUUAUUUCAUGUAUUUACUAAUUUAGUAUAAAAGAACAUUUGCUGGAUAAAACAGACCCACAUAUUUGUAAAUAACGCAAUCGAACGUAUAUAAAAUUCUGGUCGCGUGUCAGACAGA